GUACCUGCAACCUCCAGGAACCUGGAUUCAGUGUACCUUGGAGUCUAGAGAGCUGCUGGCUUUGUGUCUUAAGAAAAUUAAAGGUUCACUGAGCAAGGUCCGGCUCAUUGAUGCAGGCUUCAUUUGGACCGAACCACAUUCUAAGAGGCUGAAGCUGAAACUGACUGUUCAGAAAGAGGUGAUAAAUGGAGCAGUUCUUCAGCAAGUAUUUGUGGUGGAAUAUAUAGUUCAGUCUCAAAUGUGUGAAGACUGUCAUAGGAUUGAAGCUAAGGAUUUCUGGAAAGCUGUAGUGCAAGUCAGACAAAAGACUCUGCACAAGAAGACUUUCUACUAUUUGGAGCAGCUGAUUUUAAAACACAGGCUUCAUCAGAAUACACUUCGCAUCAAAGAAAUCCAUGAUGGCCUGGAUUUUUAUUAUUCAUCAAAGCAACAUGCCCAGAAGAUGGUUGACUUCCUUCAGUGUACAGUUCCAUCUAGAUCAAAAUCAUCCCAACGUUUGAUCUCGCAUGAUAUUCAUAGCAAUGUCUACAAUUACAAAAGCACAUUCUCCGUGGAAAUUGUUCCAAUAUGCAAGGACAAUGUUGUGUGUCUGUCACCAAAACUGGCGCAGAGUCUUGGUAACAUGAGCCAGAUCUGUGUGUGCAUCAGAGUAACAAGCACCAUCCACCUCAUUGAUCCCAGCACUCUGCAGAUUGCUGAAAUUGAUGGGAAUACCUACUGGCGCCACCCUUUCAAUAGCUUGUUCCACCCCAAACAGCUAGAGGAAUUUAUCAUUAUGGAUAUCAACAGGGUUCCAGAAAGGAAAAAAGGUGCCGGGGCAGGGGCAAGAUCAAACAGGCACACACUGGCUGAAGCCUGGGUACAGAAAACCUCGGAGUUGAACACAGAUCAUCAGUAUUUCUGCUGUACUCACCUGGGGCACAUUCUGAAUCCCGGCGACCUUGUCUUGGGGUUCGACUUGGCAAACUGCAACUUAAAUGAUGAGUUUGCCAAUAAGAUGAACCCGCACAAUAUUCCUGAUGUGGUAUUAAUAAAGAAGAGCUAUGACCGUACCAAACGCCAGCGUCGCAGAAACUGGAAGCUGAAAGAGCUGGAAAGGGACAGAGAAGGCACAGAUACAGAUGAUGAAAGACAAUACCAGGACUUCCUUGAAGAUCUUGAAGAAGAUGAAGCCAUAAGGAAGAAUGUCAACAUUUACAGAAAUGCAGAUGUGCCAGUGGAGAGCGACACAGAUGAUGAUGGUCCUCCACGAAUCAGUCUGGCUGAAAUGUUAGAAGAUCUCCAUAUUUCUGAGGAUGCUACUGGUGGGGAAGGAGCAAAUAUGAUGACAGAGUAA